AUGGCGGCGCAGUCAUACGCAGCAUUCGCUGGACCGACUUGUGUCCGCCGCUACUGGCUAAUAUGCUGCCAAAUAAUACUGUUCGCUUGCUUGUUGUGCUUGCUAAUAGUAUUAUUAUGCCCGUCGUACAUCUUGACCAAUGGCAAUGACAACGCGUACAACAACAACAAUAGCAGCAACACUAGUACGCAACGUGACGGCGAUUUUCCAACGCAAAUUCGCAAUAAAUUAGAGGAAAAUCCCAACAGUCAGCAGGAAGCGCCACAUCACCACAACCGAAGCGUUGAAGGCAACGUUGUUGUUGUUGUUGAUGGUGUGGUCGGUGGUUUACUUGACGACCACAACAAUUUGCCCAAGUCACGCAACGCGGCUGGACGCGACUACGGUAGAAAAACUGCUUGGCCUGCUUAUAACGACGCGCCCGCGGGUUCCACAUUCGUUAUGGAGGACGGCGAGGAAAUUAUUACUAGCAGCGCUAGGAUUCUGCAUAACAGUAAAGUUAACAACGGAAAUGCAGUGGGAAAUAAAACUAGCACACAGAAUCCUAUCAAACUCGCACCACUGGGGAAUAUAUUGAAGAGCAGACAGAAAAAGUUCCUCAUUUUUAGUGGAGCUGGCGUGUUGAAACACGUCGUGGGUGUAUCUUUUCCAAUUCCUCUCGCCGAUCCGCAUCGCUCCUUUAAUCACUACUACAAUUUACAAAUCCAAUAUCCAAACCUGCCGAGGCCGCUCUAUUGGUGGAAUUUUUUCAACUCUAGUAGUUUUGCAGCUCGUCGCCGACAGCGUCAACUAACAGAGGCCACCCAUAAGAAACUCAAUCCACAUAUUAAACACGAUGCAAGUCGGGAAUUUAUUUACAAAGGAAUCGAACAAAUUUUUGAACAGCAAGGUCUACCGGGUGAAUUCUGCUUACAACAAGCCAUUUGUGAAGUCUCCCAACUGCCGUUUCAUGUGCCACGAAUUUGGCGUAAUGAUUUGAGACACUUUUGGCAGGCCAUAAUCAAUGCUAUAUUAAUACCCACUGUACCCAAUGUGGACAUGAAAUAUUUGCAUGCCAGCCAAGCGGGACGUUUCGGUGUUGACUGUCAACAAGCGUUUAGUCAGUGCCCGCAAAGAGUAAAUGAGUGGCUGCGCAGAGUGGCUAAUAUGGUUUGA